GCCUCACCUCAGACGUUGGCGGUCAUGUCUUCCUCACCAGAGGCUCUAUAUCACCCAAUACCUCAAGCACCAGUAGCAUCGAAUCCCAUUCUCUUGUACCGCAAUAAUGAUUCAUUGGAUUUAGAGCCAGAAGAUGAAGAAACAGAGCCUCCGUCUCCCAAUAUCGUCGCGGAUGCGAGGAUUCAAGGAAUAUAUUUUGUGCUGGGAUGUGCAGUUCUUCUUCCAUGGAAUGCUCUCAUUACCGCAACACCUUACUUCCUCUCAAGACUGGCAAAUACACCACUACAGUCAACCUUCAGCUCGUACCUAUCCAUCACUUUCACGAUUGCCGGUUUUGUUUUCCUUGCACAUGCGACCUGGACCUCUAAGGAGUCUUCCCCCUCACGACAAACGAUCUUUUCUUUACUUUGGCUCUCAUUGCUCUGUUUCCUGUUAACCCUCAGUACACUGGUGGACAUGGCCGCGGGCGUCUUCUUCGCUUUCGUGAUCCUAAAUGGUAUUGCACAGGCAGCAGCCGGCGCUUACUUGCAAAACUCAGUGAUUGCAGUGGCUUCGCGGUUUGGUCAUACCACUGUACAGGCGACGUUAGCAGGUCAGGCCGCCGUCGCUGUGGCUGUCAGUACAGUACAGCUGCUCAGCGCAGCGGCGUCAUUAGGCAGCGAAACCAAAACUGAGACUACUUCCACUUCGCGAGACUGGGAACCAGAGGAGCGUGCCGCGUUCAUUUUCUUCGCGCUGUCAACGAUUUUUCUUCUUGCUGCGGCAGCCGCUCAGUGGUGGCUGGUAACUCUGCCCCAAUAUCAUAUCAUCGCGGGCUCUUUGGAAGCCGGGAGGAAGGAUGUGCACGAAAAUGGAAGUUUUGGUGAAACCCAGACUUUGGUUUCGGAAGGGAGGUCUGAUCCCGCACAAGGAAGAGCUCGAAUCUUGAGAAUCGCAAAGACCAACAUUGUCUAUGAGAUUGCCGCGGCCUAUGUCUUCGCAGUAACGCUGGCGGUAUUCCCACCUAUCACCGUUUCAGUGAAGCCUACAAACCCCAACAUUCACCCCUUGCUAUUCACCUCGGUGCAUUUCCUCGUUUUUGGAGUAGGUGACUUUUUCAGUCGUUACCUGUGCUCAUUCCCGAGACUAUUGGUAUGGUCCGCACGCAAAUUGCUUGCUCUUUCACUGGCGCGAACCGUGUUCGUGGUUCUGUUCCUCAUGUGCAAUAUUAACCGCCCUUCAACCUCACCGCCCCUCAUCAAUUCCGAUUUCCUUUUUAUGCUGAUCUUGUUCGCUUUCGGGGUAUCGAACGGUUAUGUGUGUAGCAUGUGUUUGAUGGCUGCCCCAUCACUGGAGCACAAUCCACGGCUCAAAGGCAAGCAGGAAGACAUUGACGUCGCUGCUACAAUUGCUCAAUUCUGUCUUGUUGGGGGUUUGGCGGUGGGUAGUAUGGCGAGUUUUGCGGUCAGGGGCAUAGUCUGUUCGUGCAAUCCUUUCACAACGUAACUUCCAAAUCCCAGACGAACUUUUCAUGUAAUAAGAAGUGUUUUAUGAUUGACAGUUUGAAAUAUAGAUACAUCACGAUUACAUAUACACAGUUGCCACUUCCUUGCAGAGGCUUCCAAUUAGAAAAACGAAAAUACCUCCCAUGCCAUUGAGAGGGCCAUAAAGAAAACCAACAC